AUGUCAGAGAAAGUCAAGUCCAACCUCGCAUUUAAGGCUGGAGGCACAGACGGAACCAGCAAGGCUUCAUUCCGCAGAUGGAAAGGUGCUGCAAAGCAACUCGCGAAUAACCAUGAACCUGAUGUCCGAGAUGGGACACCCAACGAGCCCUGUAGCCUGUCACGCCUGUUCUUCUUUCAGGACCUCGGGCGACUAGACUAUGUUAGACCGUACGGUCAGACAGUACAUUAUCCAUGGGUGCCAAACGACAACGGCGAGUGUGCCAAAGUUCUGAGCGGUCCCCUCCAUGAUCCAUUCUCACAGACGACCGACGCUUAUCUCGAAUAG